AUGCCGAGGAGUCGGAGUAUGGAGCGGGUGGAAGCGGUUCCCCUCGUCCCAGAGGCCAUCAACGCAGCGAAGGAGGUCCACCAGACGUCGAAAGCCUCCAAUGAGAAAAGCUGGCUGCGGCGUGCAGCCGAGGAGGCAGACCUGGUCCUGGAGGAGGGCGAUGAAGAUUUGGACCGCGGCCGCAAAGCAGCCAAGCCGGCGCCCAGCAAGGCGCUUUGGGGCCUUUUCCAGCAGCUACAGGAGCGGGUGCGCCGGGCGCCGCGUCAGUCGGGCGCGCACUCAAGUUCAGUGGGACAGCGUGCUUUCUGCCUUAGUCAGACUCUGCGCUUUGGCACCAUGUCCACUUACAACUGGGCGAAGUAUGACCCGAAGUACUACCUGAACGGGACCCGCAUCCAGCUGGACCCCGUGAAGUACCAGGGAGGUUUGCUGAGCGUCGGGCGCCAGGUUGUGGCCGAGGAGGGCGCGGGAGUGCUGGCCACUGGGCUUGGGCCCACGGCGGCCGGCUACUUCGUGCAGGGCUGGUUCAAGUUCGGUGGGAACGAGUUCUUCAAGAUCCAGUUCACGAAAUCUUUGGGAGACCAAAAGGCAUGGGACAUGAGGACCCCUAUCAUGUUGGGAGCCUCGGCCUGCGCGGAGUUCAUCGCCGACAUCUUCCUUUGCCCUUUGGAGGCCGCCCGCAUUCGACAGGUCUCCGACCCCACCUUCCCCAAGGGCACCUUCACGGCCAUGCAGGCGCUGAUCCAGCGCGAGGGCAUCAUGGGCUGGUACGCAGGAUUGGUGCCGAUCCUCUUCAAGCAGAUCCCCUACACCAUGGCCAAGUUUGCUGUCCAGGGUACGGCGGAGAUCAGCAUCUACAACUCCUUGCCCACGAAGCGCGAGAACCUGAGCCGGGGCAGCAAGAUGGGCGUGUCCAUGACCUCCGGCUUCAUCGCGGGCGUCGCUGCGGCCAUCAUCUCCCACCCUGCCGACUCUUUGCUCUCGAAGAUCAACAAGAAGGGUGCCGGUGGCGAUGGCAGCAUGAUCUCCCGGCUCGGAAACAUCGCCAAGGAGACUGGCUUCGUGAAGCUCUGCACCACCGGCCUCGGCCCCAGGUGCGUCAUGAUUGGAACUCUCACGGCCGGCCAGUUCCUCAUCUUCGACACCCUCAUGCCCAUCAUGGGCGUCGAGAAGUUCCACUUCCACGACCCCUCCAAGCCGCACUGA